AUGGCACGCAGAUUGAUUCUCGAAGAGGUGAUAAAUAAUAUACGGGAACAACCAGAAACAACGCCCAUACUUGCGCUUACGAAGACUUACGGUAAAUUAUGGCCACAUUGCGAAGAGGCAAGGAUCGAAGAAAGGAAGAAUGAAGUGUCCCAUCAUAUCGCUCAAUCAUCUCAUCCACAACCUUUCACUCACAAGCCUCAACAAAAUUCCUUACAAACAAACCCACAAGAAGCUCCUCUGCCACUCAAAAUAGCCAUCCUCGAUUCUUCCUUCAAUCCCCCAACGAAAGCUCACGUACAACUCCUCCUUAACUCGCUUACCACAUCUCUUUAUGCACCAUUUACCAAUAAACCAGUAAGAAUAGAGUUUGAUGCGUGCCUAUUAUUGUAUUCCACCAAGAAUGCGGAUAAAGUCGCAAAGAAUGGUGAUGCUGGGCCUGUUGAUAGAGUAUUGAUGAUGGAGGACGUGGCCAAGUAUUUAAAUGAGAUAGCUGAAGGAAAGGUGACAAAAGAAAAGACGUCUGAUGAAUUGAAUAGUUCAAAAGUCGAAAAGGGGCCAAGAGAAAUUUCAGUAGAUUACAAAUUAUCAGAGAGUCGUGGUAAUUUUGAUGAUAACAGCAACAACGAAACGCGUUCAACCGCCAAUGAUGCAAAAUUUCAUUCAAUCCAAAACAUUGCAGUAGGAAUAACCAAUUCGUCCCGAUUUACGGAAAAAUCGCGCGCCCUCUUAUCUUAUUGCUCUCCGACGUUUUCUCCUUCCCUAUAUUUUAUAUUGGGCUUCGAUACACUCAUUCGCCUGUUUUCUCCCCGUUAUUACUUUGACAUCUCGUCGUCACUUUCUUUUUUGUUCUCUAAUUCCUACAUAAUUUACGCCGAACGCGAUAUUAAUGACAAAAUAGUUGAGAAUGAGUUUUGGCGCGGAAAUAAAUGGGCUAAAGAGUACGCGGACAAAAUAUAUAGAGUAGAAAUCGAUGAUGACGUUAAGAAUGUGAGUAGCACCGAAGUUAGAAGGAUCGUUAGCGAGCUGAGGGCGAAAGAAGGAGCAGAGACGGGAGUGAAAGAGGAAAGAAGUGAACGUAAUAACAACAGCGGUAACAGCAAUAAUGUCGACAUUUAUGACACCAACGCGAGUAGUGAUAAGGGUUGUGGAUUUAAUAAUCAUGUUUUGAGAAGACAUUUGAUGCCAUUGUGCAUCGAUUCGGUAACAGAUUUUAUUAUAGAGGAAGGUUUAUAUUAA